AUGAAUUCGAGUUUGAUAAACAAGGAGAUUCUUGUCACUACAGCUGUGCUAGUACUUCUGGCCACAUCAUGUUUUGUUGAUGCAAAAGUUCAUGUUCAAGUGGUCAAUCGACUCGAACACGGGUUGCGUCUCGACGUGCACUGCCGAUCGAGAGAUGAUGAUAUCGGGUUUCAUGUAUUGGGGGUGAACGAUGCCAUCGAGUGGAGCUUUCGUGCGAACUUUCUGAAGACCACUUUAUUCUACUGUGACGUGCAUUGGAAUGAUGACUCGCGUUGGUGCCGAUUUGAUGCCUAUAAGGCCAACCGAGAUAAACAAAGGUGCCGGUCCAAAUGUCGAUGGAUGAUUGCCGAAGAUAGAUUGUUGUACGGGUAUAAUCAAUAA